GGGUUCCCGGCGGGGAUGGAUGGGUUCCCGGCGCUGAGCCGGCGAUGGAUGGAUGCCGUCUCGGCAUCGCUGGAGUUUAGCGACAGGACCCCGGCGGAUCGGCUUGCGGACGGAAAUCGGGGGUUUGGGCUCCAUCUCCGCUGACAGAUUCAGGGCUCCCGAGUCCCCCCUCAUCUCCCUGUCAGCAGCCGGGUGGGAUUCGGCGGCGCCCGCAGCCCCGCGCUCGGUGGUCAAAAUUUAUCUGGUUCACUCAAAUUAGUGUCAUUUUAACCAUCCCGUAGAAGAGAAAUAUGAUACCAAACAGAAGUAACCUCUCCUCCUUCCAGAAUGUUGGAUCAGAUUCCAGUAAGAUUAUGGCAGACUAUAGCCACUCACAAAAACAGAUGGAAUUACAAAAUGCUAGUUUGGGAAAGGGUUCUGUGGCGAAUUCCCUUGAAAAUGGUCUCCAGGAUAUUAUGGAAAACCUCAACACGAAGAAAUAUUCAUCAACUCUUAAAUUUAAAACAAAUGGGGACUAUGCUGGCUCUUAUUUAACCCUUUCACAACCUAUGCCAAUUAAACCCAAUCCUUCUACCAGUGUUAAAAAUGCACACUCUAUUAACAAAAUACAAGGAGGCAAGCAGUUCCCCUGUGAAAGCCCAUAUCUUCCAGAUAAAAGCAUCUCUGUAAAGCAUUUGGGUUCCAUAUCAGGCGUGUCUCCAUCCCUCAGCGGGUAUAGUUCAGGAAGGACGGAUUUUGACAUUCAUGCCAGCAGAGAAAAUGAAAAAUCCCUUGGACACAUGGAUAAGUUUCACUACUCAAAGUACAGUCAGAGAAAUAAAUCUUAUGACAACAUCUACUUCCCAGGAAUGCUGGAGUCAAAGAAGAUCUCAGGCUCUCUUCUGACUAUGUGGAAUGGAAGCUCGGGGAACGAGCUGGUGCUUUCACCUGGCAGCAGUUCAGGGGCAGCCAGCAUGCCUUCUAGCCCAAAGCAAGGCAGGAGAAUGACUGCUGAAAACAGUCUGGCCCUUCACAUAAAGCCAGUGAAGUACAAGGAUGGGAUGAUGGAAACCCUGGGUUCACGGCCUAGGAAAUACUCUGGUGGAUCUCUAAGUCAUAUGGGAAUGUACAGUCGUUCCCUACCCAGACUUUAUAAAUCAACAGAAAACCAGCUGGUGCCAUUAAGUUUGCCCCCCAGAAGCUCUCUGGGUAAUAGUAAAAGGAAAAAACUUGGAGAAAAAGAUCUACCUCAGAAUGCUUUCGAUGCUGAUAAUUACCUGAAUUUUUCUUCUUGCAGCUCAGGGGUUUCACCACAUGCAAACUCUGUCUCUGGGAGUAAUCCCUAUGUCAGUUCAACUCUUAGUGUUCCUGCAAGCCCUCGUGUUGCUAAAAAAAUGCUUUUAGCACCUUCUUCCCCAUAUCUCCCUGAUGAUUUUGAUAGACUUGGACUCUCAGGAACAAGUCCCAGUAGUUCUUUCUCCCCAGUGGACUUUGACAGGUCGUUCUCUGUCCGAAGAAACCUUUCCACCAGUUCCAUGGAACUUGAUGAUCCAGAUCUGGAAAGUUACAGGCAGACGCCAAAUUCUCUGCAAACAUCCAUGCGAGAGCGGAAGAACAGCAUCAGCUCCAUUUCAGGGAGGGAAGAUCUCAUGGACUAUCACAGGAGGCAGAGGGAAGAGAGGCUUCGGGAGCAGGAGAUGGAACGCCUGGAACGGCAGCGGCUUGAGACAAUCCUCAAUCUGUGUGCAGAGUACUCCAAAUCUGACAGCGACCCUGCUGCAGCCACUACAGUUGCUGACGUUCAAAAAAUCAACAAAGAGCUCGAAAAGCUCCAGCUCUCUGAUGAGGAUUCGGUGUUUGAAGAGUCCCAGAUGAAUCUGGAGACGAGGUUCAGAGGCCACUUGAAAUCAUCGGCGAGCGACUCGGAUUUCUCGGAGCUGAGCAGCCACAGCCGUGGCACUGCUGCUUUCCUGCCCUCACGGGGGCUCAGGGCUGAUGAGCACUUCAGUGAAAGCACCAAGCCUCCUCCUUUUGCUGCUCCCAGCUUCCUGAAGGAUGCCACUGAGUCAUCCUACCUGAGCAUCACACCAAAGAUAUCAGAAUGCACCAGUGAAGAGCAGAGAAGGCAGGAGCUUGAUCGACUGGAGGAGGAACGCAUAGUAAUACUGAAUAACUUGGAAGAACUUGAGCAGAAGAUCAAAGAUUUAAAUGACCAGAUGGAUGAAUCCUCAAGAGAGUUGGAUAUGGAAUGUGCCCUUUUGGAUGGGGAACAGAAAUCUGAAACAACAGAGCUGCUGAAAGAGAAGGAAAUAUUGGAUCAUCUAAACAGAAAAAUAGCUGAACUGGAGAGAAAUGUUAUUGGUGAAAAGACAAAGGAAAAAUUAAAACUUGAUGCUGAGAGGGAAAAACUAGAGAGGCUUCAGGAGCUUUACUCCGAGCAGAAGACGCAGCUUGAUAAUUGCCCUGAGUCCAUGAGGGAACAGUUACAGCAGCAGCUGAAGAGGGAUGCUGAUAUUUUGGACAUAGAAAGCAAACACUUUGAAGAUUUAGAAUUUCAGCAGCUUGAACAUGAAAGCAGGUUAGAUGAAGAGAAGGAAAAUCUGACACAACAGCUCCUGCAUGAAGUAGCUGAAUAUCAGCGCAGCAUUGUCAGCAGAAAGGAAAAGAUUUCUGCUCUCAAAAAACAAGCCAAUCAUAUUGUCCAACAAGCACAAAGAGAACAAGAUCAUUUUGUAAAAGAGAAAAACAACUUAAUAAUGAUGCUGCAAAGGGAAAAAGAAAAUCUCUGUAAUCUGGAAAAGAAAUAUUCCACACUUUCCGGAGGAAAGGGAUUUCCUGUCAGUCCCAAUAGUCUGAAAGAGGCAUUUCUAAAAGGAAGAAAUACUAUAGCAGUCUGUGGCUUCUCUUAUGGAAUUGCUGAAGUAUACACACUGGGCUAUAUCAGUGUAAGUGAAAUUAGUGAGCUGUAUGGCAAUUCCACGAAUAUAUCCCCUUCCACUCAGACCCCCUCAGAUGUUGAAGCAGUUGCCACUGAGCCUUCCACGGCUGUGCUGACGAGCCAGCCACAAAACAAAGAGCAUUUCAGAAGCCUGGAGGAGCGCAAGAAGCAGCACAGGGAGUGCUCGUACCUGAGCGAUACCUUGCCCCGCAAGAAAACCGCGCCGGCCGUGUCUCCCCACUUCAGCAGUGCCACGCUGGGACGCAGCAUCGCAAACAAAGGACAUUUACCAUUAGGACAGAGCAACAGCUGUGGCAGCGUUCUUCCUCACUGCCUGGCAACCAUGACCAAAGAGUCAGAGUCGAGAAGGAUGCACAAAGGGUAUAACCAUCAGCGCAUCUGUGAAAACCAAAGGCAGAAGUCUCCAGAAUUCUACAGCAGAACAGCAUCGGAAUCCAAUGUGUAUUUGAACAGUUUCCAUUACCCAGAUCGUAGUUACAAGGACCAUGCCUUUGACACAUUAAGCUUAGACAGUUCUGACAGUAUGGAGACAAGCAUAUCAGCAUGCUCACCAGAUAACAUUUCCAGUGCUAGCACUUCAAACGUUGCAAGAAUAGAGGAGAUGGAGAGACUUCUCAAACAAGCACAUGCUGAAAAGACUCGGCUGCUUGAGACCAGAGAACGGGAGAUGGAAGCUAAGAAACGAGCUCUGGAAGAAGAAAAACGACGCAGAGAGCAACUGGAGAAAAGACUGGAAGAAGAAACGAGCCAGAGGCAAAAAUUAAUUGAAAAAGAAGUCAAAAUACGUGAGAAACAAAGAGCACAGGCCCGUCCCUUGACUCGCUAUUUGCCCGUUAGAAAGGAAGACUUUGACCUACGCAGUCACAUUGAGACAGCUGGGCACAACAUAGAGACCUGCUACCACAUUUCUCUCACUGAGAAGACCUGCCGAGGCUUUCUCAUUAAAAUGGGAGGAAAAAUUAAAACGUGGAAAAAACGGUGGUUUGUUUUUGACAGAAACAAGAGAACUUUUACUUAUUAUGCAGACAAACACGAAACUAAAUUAAAAGGUGUAAUAUAUUUUCAAGCUAUUGAAGAAGUCUAUUAUGAUCAUCUAAAGAAUGCAUAUAAGAGUCCCAACCCCUUGCUGACCUUCAGUGUUAAGACCCAUGACCGCAUCUACUACAUGGUUGCUCCUUCUCCAGAAGCCAUGAGGAUAUGGAUGGAUGUCAUUGUUACAGGAGCAGAAGGCUACACCCACUUCAUGUUAUAAUAAAAGGGGAGCAACAGGGCAUCCUGCAAUAACAAAACUAAUGAAGUUAGCCAUAGCUAGUGACAGCUGAAAAGCCAGUGAAUAAUUCCCUGAAAUGUCCUCCUUAUGAUGUGCACCCAAAACCUCAGAUUGACAGGAGGUUACAAAUGCAUUGAAAAGGGGGCUUGUUACCUGUUGUAGUUGAUCUUUAUAGGAAUGAACCAGCUAAAGCUGUUGAGAGAAUCAUAGUGCUCCAAAAUGGAUAAUCAGGCAAUUUUAAUUACUUGAUUGAAUGAUAAGUUUCUACAAAUUCUCUUACACAAAUUCUCUUUAUGAGAAUGUCUUCAUAAAUUUAUACUGAACAGUUUACAAGUGUGUAUGUUCUCACUGGUAUGCAAAAAUUCUAGUAGUGAAACGAAAAGGUGUAAUAAGCAUAUAUUUUAAUAUGCAACAUUGGACAUUUAUAGAUGAUUAGGUGACUUUUUAAAACUUUUAGUCAAGUAUUUUAUAAAAAUACAAACAAAAAAACAGCCCUAAGGUACACACAGUUCUUGCCUUAGUAGUUAAGUGUUACAACAGAGCCAAAGAGUUACAGGAUUCCCUUACGUUUUUCAUAUUGUUCCUUGUACCUAAGUUUCUGUAAGGGGACAGUGCCAAAACUCUUAAUGACUUUUAAUGUAAUUAAAUUGUUAUAUUCUGUGUGUUCAAACACUUCGUGGCAACAACUGUAUGUUUAAAGUUUCCAUCUAUGGAGCUCAACAACAAAAAAAAAUAAUUUAAAAUAGCUUUAUAAAGAUGCAUUUUUUUCCACUAUGAUGAGAAAUAGAAACACAUGUAUUAACUUCCUCAUAAAGAGAGAUUUUUUUUAAUCUUCCCUGUUAAACAGAAUAAGCUGGUUCUGGACCCUACAGCAAUUUUCUUUAAUGUAGUAAGAUCCCAGUGUGGUUCUAAUCUUACUCUGUGCCAAGUGAAUGCUCUAUUGAAAUCUCUCAAGCAUUGCCUGCCUUGAAGCCAGCACCAAAAUCUCUGCCUAUCUGAAUUCUUUGGAGCCAAGCUUUCAGUCCCAGAGAGUUGUUUUGUUGUUUAAUGUAUAUCUGCACAGAAUAAUGCUGUCAAAUAGAAUAAAAAGAGAGAGUUGAGUUCUAAGAGUUUACACUAAGCAGUGUAUGAAUAAAAACCCCUGAAAGUUUCAAGCCGUAGGGAUUGAGAUUCCUAAAACAGCAAAGAUACUGAGGGUGCAGCGGUCUCCCAUUUUAAAAUCACCUCCAAGUCUUUGAGUAAUAUUGCAAAAAUAUAAAUUAUUUAAUUGAAAUGAACUUCAAGAAAGUGUCAUGACUUUGAAGAGGUUCUAUUUCAGUAACUGAAACUUACACGUUCUGUGGCUUGUGUACUAGAAGAAAGCACAUUUGCCUUUUUUUUCCUUGAUGAAAAGUUAAUGGCUUUUGAUUGAACAAAUAAACUGAAAACAGAAUAGAAGUAUGCUGGCAGAAUAUUUUUGUUAUACUUUUUAAACCCUGUAACUUGUAAUGAACAGGUUUGUGGUAUACACAGGUGAUGUGGUUGUUCUAGCAUGACAAAUAUCAGUUUCGACUUGAAGCAUAAAAGAAGAGACUGUUGUUGUGAGAUAAUUGUUAUCAUCUGUGCAGAUCACAACCUGUAAUCUAUAAUUUAAAACACUAUCAAGUAAAUUGCUUUUGUUUAUACAGUUAUUAUUUUUCCCUGAUGUAUCUUGAUUUUACUCCUAAGUAUAGUUAUAAAGGUUUUCUAAUAAUUUUUAUAUCCUGCAUGAUGCAAUGAAGGCAUUUCAAUAAACAUUUUUAAAAAUA